AUGGAUUCAGUAACACCACAAUUACCACCGGACACUCAACCGCUUGCACACCAAGUUGCCGGACAUUUUUAUGGUCGAUCGAAAACAAAAUUCGGUUUACUGCAACGUUGUUCAACAGGCGAUGUUCUCAAGCCAUUACUCAAUCCACCGCGGGGUCCACGUGAACAUCAAUUUUAUCUCGAUAUGUUUUCCGAUGAAAUUUCAAAUGAACUUCGUGCACUUCGGCCAUUUCUUCCUAAAUUAUUGGGUACAUAUCAAUUUGAUAGUAUGACUUAUUUAGUGUUAGAAAAUAUUGUACGAUCCUAUGAAUAUCCAUGUGUUAUUGAUAUAAAACUUGGACGAGUAACUUACGAUUGUGAAGCAACACCGGAGAAAAUCGAACGGCAAAUUGGAAAAUUUCAACCAGCAACGGAAAUUGGCUUUCAAUUACUCGGCUGGAAAACUUAUCGAAGAUUAGAUAAUAUGUAUAUUUAUCAUGAUAAACGAUGUGCCCGAUCAUUGAAUAAAGAAGAGCUUCUUUAUGGUUUCGCACAUUUUUUUGGUGCACCUGAAAAUAAUCAUCGUCCAUUUGUACGGGCUGUACUCGAACGGGCUGUUGCUCUCGAACGGACUAUGUCACAACAAUUUGAAUUUGUUUUUAUUGCAUCAUCGAUUUUGAUUGUCUAUGAUAGUGUUCACAGAGAGAAUUCCGAUGAUGUUAAAGUUGAUGUUCGCCUUGUGGAUUUUGCUCAUGUUUUCCCAUCGCACUCUAAUAGUCAGCCCGAUGAGAAUUUACUUUUUGGGCUUCGUAAUUGUAUCGACUAUUUAAAAAUGUUACUUGAUGAAAAUUUUCAUUAUCUACCUAUUGAUAAAUUAGAACAUAAUACUAAUUUGUCCGAUUUAAAUUGUUAUAAAAUUCUAUCUAAAUAG